CGAAAACCUUGCUGCGCGUUUUAUUCUGAACAAUAACAGAAAUGCAGUGUUGACAACUUUAUAAACGAUAAAGAACGCGUGACGCGCCCAAUAAAUCCCGCCUAAUUUUAAAUACUUGUUAAGGUUAGGUUAAUAGUGAUACCAGUUAGCGUUUACUAAAAACAUGAACCUGAAUGUAGUAAGAUAGACUACAAUACCAAUGUUGAUAAUUUAUAAAUUUUACAAAUUAUCUCGUUAAAAACUAAUAGUUGUACAAUAAAUAUUAUGUUAUCCUGUUGGUAUUAUGAUUAUGCUGGUCUUUUUAAAGUAGAGUCCGAGUUUUUAACUUCACAUUAUUUCAUUAAUAGUGUAGACCAUACUAAUACAUGUAAAAUAACUGGUAUAAACAGUAACUACAAUAAUUGAUGGUAGAUUUGGAUGUUAUUGCGUAAAUAUUAUAGAUUUUAUUUCGGUGAUAUUAUAACACCUUAUUAUUUUACUUCCCUAACUUGAAUUUUUGAUUACGUGACUGAAAAUCCCAUUUUAAUUAAUCAAUAAAAAACAGUAUUUCCCUAAAAAAUUAUGAUACGAUUAAAAGUUCCAUUAUUACCUAAUGAAACGAUCAUCUGUAAAUUGUUUUCAAGAAAUAUAUUUACGGUUUUCGAUUUUUUACAAAAGCCUAGUGUAGAUCUGCAAGAAAUUUGUAACAUGAGUUGCAAGGACGUUUCUAAAUUAAAAGAUGCUUUGAUUGUAUCUUGUUCAGUAUUUAUUAAUGGAUAUAGUUUAUAUAAGAAUAAACCAAUAAAUAAUUUAAUCAAAACAGGAAUCUUAGAAUUAGAUGAACUUUUAAAUGGAGGUCUACAUUUAGGUACAAUUUAUGAAUUUUGUGGUCCAUCAUCUUGUGGCAAAACUAUAUUAUGUUACAACAUUAUAGCCAAUUACAUUUAUUUUCAUUCUAGUAAACAAAUUAUAUAUAUUGACACAAAAUUUAAAUUUUCUAUCAAAAGAUUAAAAGAAAUUAUUGCUCUAAAAUGUUUAUUGCCUUUAAAUCAAGAGAACACCAUCUUGAAAAAAGUUAUUAUCUACUCCAUUUCUGAUGUGUAUAACUUAUUCAAUUGCUUGCACAAUCUUAAACCAAAUCCAGAAGAUAUAAUAAUUAUUGAUUCAAUAACUGUACCCUAUUUAUCAUUUGUUGGGUCAUCAAAAAACGAAGGUUUAUGUUAUAUAAGUCAUAUUUCUUCAGUCCUCCAUCAUUUAACACAAAAAAAUGUUACAAUAAUAAUUACCAACUUAGCAGUUAAACAAAGUGAUUAUUUUAAUGAUGAACCAACAAAAACAUCAACAGAAAAUAAUGAAUUUAAGCCUGCUAUUGGAAAAUAUUGGCUUCAUAUUCCUAACACAAGACUUAUGUUAUCUUGCUUACCACAAAAUAAAAUUUCCAUUAAUAUUUCAAAAAGUGUGUACUUACCAUUAAACAAAAAUUGUAAUAUAAAAAUAUACAAUGGUGGUAUUUUGUAAUAUAGUAUUCAAUAAAAUGUUAUACAUUAUAUAAGGAAAAACAAAUUUAUUCAUAGAAAUUAAAUAUUAUUAGUUACAAAU